AUGUCAGGCUCUUUUUAAGGGUAGGAAGCCAUAGCUGACAUACUUAGUUAAGUUAAGGAUGUAAAUGAACUACUCUUUGGUGUCCUAAUAGAAAUACUUUUAAAAGAGUAAGUUUAAGAUUGCAUUGGAUAUCUUUCUGAUUAUAGAAAUCAAAAAUAUUUAGAAUCAUAAAUCUUACAACAGGCAGAGAAUAUCACCCAAGUUGAUAAACAAUAGAAAUUGGCUGUUAUUGGAAAUGAGAUGAAAUAAAUUACAGAUGUCUUAAAAAAAAUAAAAGAUCAUGACUUCAAUUACUAAGACUUUUCUUCUUUUGAAAAUGAAGAAUCAACAUUAAGUCUAAUUUAAAGCAUCAAGGAUAAUAGAAGGAUCAUUGAAUUUUUGUUAUUCUUAGUUCAAAUCACAUCCAUAGAUAAAACUUUGAUCUAAUGUGGGUCUAAUUCCUUACAUAUAUUAGUUAAGACAAAGGAGGAUCUAAGAAAUUAAAAAUUUGAAAAAAUUAAGAUCAAAAAUACCUCGCUAGAAGCAGCAAAUUUUGCUAGGUGUAAUUUUAGUGAAUCCUAAUUUAAUAAUGUCAAUAUAAGUGGAAUAAACCUAAAUGGAGCAUUAUUAUUUAAUUGUAAAUGGAGAAACUUAAAAAUCCCUGUAUUAUAUAAAUUAGAUAGUGAUUGUGUUAAAUCAGUUUGUUUCUCUCCUGAUGGAAAUACCUUAGCCUCUGGUAGUAAUGAUCAAUCUAUCCAUCUUCUAGAUGUCAAAACAGGAUAAUAUAAAACCAAAUUGGAUGUUCAUAGAGGAACUGUUUGGUCAGUUUGUUUUUCACCUAAUGGUAAUUCAUUAGCAUCUGGUAGUAAUGAUGGGUCUGUCUUAUUAUGGGAUGUUAAAACAAGAAAGAAAAGAGCCGAAUUACAUGCUCAUACUGGCACUGUCUACUCAGUUUGUUUCUCUAAUGAUGGAGAUAAAUUAGCUUCUGGUAGUGGUGAUAAGUCUAUUCGUCUUUGGGAUGUCAAAACAGGAUAAUAAAAAGUCAAAUUUGAUGGUCAUAGUGAUUAUGUUAGAUCAGUCUGUUUCUCUCCUGAUUAAAAUACAUUAGCUUCUGGUAGCGAUGAUAAGUCUAUCCGUCUUUGGGAUGUCAAAACAGGAUAAUAAAAAGCAAAAUUAGAUGGUCAUUUUAGUUAUGUCUACUCAGUCUGUUUCUCUCCUGAUGGAAAUAAAUUAGCUUCUGGUAGUGAUGAUAAGUCUAUCCGCCUAUGGGAUGUCAAAACAGGAUAAUAAAAAUACAAAUUAGAUGGUCAUAGCGAUUAUGUUAGAUCAGUCUGCUUCUCUCCUGAUGGAAAUACAUUAGCUUCUGGAAGUGAUGAUGAUUCUAUCCGUCUAUGGGAUGUCAAAACAGGAUAAUAAAAAGCCUAAUUAAAUGGUCAUAGUAAUUUAAUUAUGUCAGUCUGUUUCUCUCCUGAUGGAAAUACAUUAGCUUCUGGAAGUGAUGAUGAGUCUAUUCUUCUAUGGGACGUUUAGAAUGGAAAUGAAAUUUCAUCCGCUUACAAAAUAUAUAAAGAUAUUCUUGCUAAAUAUAAAGCACCACUUUUUUUAAAUAAUCCUAAACCAGGUAUUUAUUUUCUUAUUGUUUUUUAGAAUCCAACAAUAUUACAAUUCUAAGAAUAUCUUAAACACCAUUAUUUCAAGCAUAAGGAGCUUUAAUCUUUAAAGGAGAUUUUCUAAAUUAUGACGGAUACGAUCUAAGACCAUUAUUCAAAUCCUCAGGAAGCAGCAUUUUAGAAGAAUUUUAGUAAAAGUGA